UCAAAGAAAUUUCUUUUAUUGAUGUUAUCAAGGAUGGUUGGCGGCGUGAAAACCCUGAAAUAGUCAAAGAUGUUUCUUUUAUGGAUACUACCACUAGGGGACGAGAGAAAUCUGAACUAGUCAAAGAAAACAUUAUUUUACGAAAAGAAAAAUCUGAUCUUAUUGAUCUUAACGAAGUUUCACCAACAAAUAACUCGAAUAAUUUGAGAAAUUACCGUCACCAUCAUUCAUCCAGGAAAGGUGAAAAAGCCACUGAUUUAUCAAAGAAUUUAUCUCGAAAUGAUUCAUUAUUAGUAUUUGAUGGAUCAAAGUUUGUACUUGAAAAUAGUAUCAAGAAAGAAGUUGAAACUUUAAUUAAUCUUGAUGAUAAUUUGAAACAAGAAACUACCGUAAAAUAUGAUGAAACAAAAAGAUUCGAAGAUUUAAAAACGAUCGAUUAUACCGGAUUCUUAAGUCAAGAAUUAAGAAAUGCAAUGGCGGAGGCUAAAAUACAUAAACAAGAAACAUCAAAAUUG